AUGGAAAGGAGAACGAAUGCCUACAAAGACCCAGAGGAGGUCAAGCGGGCCUUUCGGCAGGCCAAGCUCCUGAAAACGGGUACUGCUUGGAAGAAUGCCCUCUCCAUGCGUAAGAAAGCUCGGAAGGCUUGGGAGGCGAUGAGGCUUGAGAAAGCGAGCAGGGGAGAUUGGGGUUCGCUUCGAUCGUGCCGACCCAAGAAGAAUGCUGGCUGGGAUGUUACCUUUGCUGCCGCUCAGCAGGGUGAUCCCCAUGAAGCUGUGCAUCGCCAUCUUGCUGAGGUCUACCAGGGGGUUCCUCCCGAUGUCAAUGACUUUAAGUUCGAAGGGGAGGUUUGUGCUUUCACCUUGCAGGAGAUGCGUGAGGCCCUUGCUCAGCUCAAGGCACAGAAGGCAGUGGGCUCUGAUUACACCUCUCAGGAGCUAUUGGUUGGGGUUAUGACCGUGCAAGGGGGGAAGAGCAUAUGUGGAUGGGCCUACAAGGUGCAAACAGUUAAGACCGCUUGCUAUGGGCAGCUCGGCACCUUGCUCCCCGUACCUCUGCUCAGUGCGCUGCACCCGGCAGACAGACGGCAGACUUUCUAUUCAGUUGACCUCAACAAAGCAUUUGACUGCGUGGACAGACGACAGCUCCUUCGCAAGCUAGGUGAGCGCAUGGGCCCUUGUGCAGAGAUGGGGUGUUGGGCAGCUCUCAUGUCUGAGGUUACUGGGGUCCUUCAAACUCCAUGGGGGUCGUCGUUGUUGUCGAUGCCCUCGGGGAUCAAACAAGGCGCGGUCGAGAGUCCCUCCAUGUUCGGAUUCCUGGCAGAGACUGCCUUGGAGGAGACCAGGGUUCGACACAAGUGGGCUGAUCAUGCCAAGCUCCUGGAGGGAUUGGACGAGGAAGAGUGCAUAUACAUGGACGAUGGUUGUUUCUGGAGUCGGGGGGUUGCACUCAUGCAGGCGAAGAUUCGGGAGUAUGCGCAACAGCUCCAGAAGUACGGGCUCAGCAUUAACCUUGCCAAAUGCCAGUUGUAUUGUGCACCUCGUUGCUCUGGGGCUCGUCUCAUUCGCUUGGGUGAGGCGGUUUUGGAAGCCUCGCCACACCUCGAAGUGAUGGGCCUGCAGUUCAAGGUCGGGGUCACAACAAUGGAAUUGCUUACACCCCUCGCGACUAAGGCACGAAAUCGCUUCUGGGAGAUUCGGCACAUCCUCUGCUCCAAGGGAGGGCUGAGCAAGAGAAUCAGGACCAUGCAACGUACGGCUGCACAGGCAGGACUAUGGUGCUUGAGUGCUCUACCACCGGAUCCAGGAGGAUUGGGUUACUUGAACUCCGUGCAGAUCCAGCUCAUCGUGUGGAUGAUGAGGAUUGGGGGGCUUUCCGACUUCGAGUUUGGAGGGCUGCUAGGGCAGCUUUGCACAGGGCUGGACAAGAACGAUGGUCUACGGUGUGGUUGCGGAAGUACUGGCGGUACUCGGGGCAUAGGGCUCGUGGGCCGUGAGUUUCCAGUGCUUAGCUCCAUCAUCGACUCCUUCAGAGACAAGCAGUGGUGGGAAACCGAGAAGUUGAAACCGACGGGGCAAGGGGUUCGACAUGUUCGGCAUUUUGCCAAACUUAUGCAGAUGGAAGGCAAGCUCAACCUCGUGGCGGGAGGGCCUUGGAGAUUACUGGCGAGGGACAGGAGGGCCUGGGCUGGUAAAGAGGAUGAAUGGGUUGCCAAGGAGGACCUACCAUGGGCAUCGGGGGCAAGGGGUCAGGGCUGUGAUGCUGUAUGUGACUGCUGCUUGCUCGGCCGGAUUCACAGCGAUUGCAGUAGGGACCUACUCUCGCCUUUGAACCCGCUCAACAUGGGUGUGGUGACUAUGUUCUUUACUUGGUUUCCAUAUGUGGCUGCUUUGUCAGCCUGCCUGUGGGGCCCCCUGAUGGGUGUGUCGUCACAGGCUACUUCCAUACCACUUUGCAGCAUGGCGCUGCUGACUUCGGCAGGUGCCUGGAUGGAUGAUGCUCCCCGCCCACUACCCGUUUCGGUGCACCUUGGUGCUGAUCGGCGGGAGCACCAGGCCCCGAACCAGGUCGAUCGCACGAUUCUGCCAGUGCAGACGGUUGACCGCGAGCACGUUGCCCCUGACCACUUCGAUUACACGAUUCACCCGGGGCAGACGGAGCUGGGAGAAGGCAUCGGUGAACCAGGGGUGCAGUUCGCAGGCAACGCAACGGAGGUGAAUGAAUGGGUUCAGAGUGUGAGGCUCCUCGAGGAUUGGUUCGUAGAAGGCAGGGCAACACAACUCGCACUUGGAAUGCUGGUGGCUGGCAUUCAUGCUCGAGGUUGGGAUGACUAUGUGGCCUGGACAGGUACAUCGGUGCGGUGGUUGUCGCAAUGGGCACCUGGCUUCGAUGGGCUUGCCUGCCCUGAAGUGACGCCUCCAGUCUUCCACAGUUGGGGUUUGGAGGUCGAGCUACAGCUGUGGAGGCAGUAUGCGGAGGGGGCAGAUAGUGAUAGCAGUGGGAGCUCCGCCACGCCGGGUCUCCUGAGUCGGAAGACUGCUGGUGCCCACAGUGAGGCUGAAGAUGCCUGGAGGUGUCUGAGAAAGACACUCGAGAUGCUGCUAGACAAGGGCGACGCGGUGCCAGAGGCCCCUUCUGAGGCCCAAGCUGUGACGAUGUUGGUGACUGAGUGGGUGGACUUUGUUCUACAAGGUUGGUUGCAGAUGGCUGGCGAAAGCAGCUUGGAAAUGGUGGCGCCAUGUACCUUCCAGGGACCUCCGGCGCCCCUACCUGCUGCGGUAGGCUCAGGGUGCAAUGGAUCUCAGAGUGGGAGGCUUUGCUUGGAUACCACCCCGGUGCAGGCGUGGCAGAGGCUGAUGAGGGAGCAUCCCCUCGAAGUCACCCCGCUGGCAACAUUGGCUGGUCCCUCGCCUUUGCCUGAGGGUGGUCUUGGAAGCCUGGGGUCUACGAGUGAGGCCUCCACUGGUGGGGCGACUCCAGGGUCGGUGAUGGUGGCUUCAGUUCGGAGCCCCACUCGCAGCAGAUCGCCGAGGAGAAGUAGGGAAGAUGCAGAGUCUGAUGCUGACGAUGAGCCGGCCUCCCUGUUGACCCUCUACGGCUCCCACUUCCGGUCGCAGGAGGAAGACGAUACUUUGGUGCUCAUGGAUGCAGGGAACGGAAGAGGCGACUACUUCCGACACCGGGUCCGCGAAGCCGAGAAGGAGGUGAACGAGCCUCGGGGUCAGCUGGGCCAAUCCGCUCAGAAGGGAUGGGCAGUGGGCCGCCGAGUGAAAAUGCAGGCGGGCCACGAUGUGGUUGCUGCGGGGCAACCUUUGCUGCCAGAGUAUGUCCAGGCGAUGAUCGUGGAGACGAUCGCGAACUAUGACCUCACGGACAGGUCGGUUAUGACUGCCUCUUUCGUUGCCUUUCUUCGCAUGCUAAUGUCGGAGGUGAUGGUGGCCUUCGAGAGAGGAGUGACAGCUGGGGUCGCUCGUGAAAGAGAUGAGAUUUUGGUGGACGUGGUGGUGGAGGAUGAGCAGCAUGGCGGUGAUGGGACGAGCCUUAUGCAAAGGACCCUGACGGGGCAGUUUCGUGACACCUCGGCUAGUCGAUGGACAAGAACGUUGCAGGGGCUCCAGAAUGACUUGAGUGCUCAGCCGGUGCCGCUGCGCAAUGCCAACAUUGCUGGUCUACUUGCCCGUCUCAGCAGCGCCAUGGACAUCCAAGCUGGGCAUCGUGAACCUCUACUGGCCCUUUUGGUGGGCAUGCAAGAGUGUGACUGCACGGAAGCUGCAGUUGGUGAUGUCGGCUGGCAGGUUUCAUGGUGGGGGCGUGUCUAUACUGCACUGAGGCUCGAAGCACAGGAGCAGGCUGCGCCGAGUGCACCGUCCUCUUCGUUGGAUGCUCCUUCGGCUGAGGACCUCCAGGCUAUGGCCGCCGAUGAGGCUGAGGUCCGAGAGGAGCGACUUCGUGAACAAGAGGCUCGGCAACGGCAAGAAGAAGAACAUGAUAGGGAGGAGGAGGAGUAUUUGAGAACCCAGGCGAACCUGCUUGCAGCUGGACAGCGGAAUGCACGUGGGGAGGAAGAGGGCCCACCUGUUCCUGCAGUGGCAGCUCCCGCACGUCUUUCUGCUCAGGCCCUACGAGCGUGGGAAGACUGGGAGUGGCACAACCUCUUGCAGGAGCCUCCCAAGCAAAGGAGGCGAACGGUACUCACGGUGACGGUGGGUGGCAGCCAGAGCUCUGGAGGACCGUGGUUGAGUCGCACUUUGAGGUUGCCGUGUCCGAGGCCGGCUGCUGGUGUUGGGCUGCGGGUGGAUAUGGCCUUUGAAGAGGAGGUGUGCCCUGACGAUGUCGAGACCCUGGUUUUGCCUGCUGCGACCCGAUUUGCAGACCAUGGUGGACAGGCUGCCUCAUUGGACAUGUCUCAUGGCGCGGCUCCUGGGUCGCCUCCGCCUAUUAGUUCGGCGCCGCCCCUUGCUGACCGUGAGUCGCUACCGACUACAGCUGAGACGCAGAUGUGUGAUGAGCAGGUCGAAGAUGGUGUCGCAGCUGAGGGGACUUUGUCAGAUGUGGCUUGGUCGGACUAUGAAGGGCUCUAUGGGAAGUGGAAGUCUGGGGUCAUUGAUGAUGCUGCGGUGAUCCUUGCAGGUGGUCGUAACUUGCUGGAUUUGAUGCAGACUCAGUAUGUGCUGGACCUGGAAGAUACUCAGGGUGUUCUGGUGACUUCGACCUCUACUACCACCUUGACUGCUCCCAGUUAUGCCUCUACUUUGCCUGAGUUGCUGUACUGA